UCUGUGAAAUGAUUGUCAUGCUGCUCUCCUGCUGUGUCCUGGUCCUGUUGGCGACUGAUCCAGGUGUCACAGCACCUACAUUUAUCCCAGAGGAGAGGAGCACUCCGUCACCAGAAGCACAGUUUGACUUGAAGCUGGCCACAGACUACCUUCAUCAGUACUACGACCUGCAACAUGAUCUGCUGGUGCGCGUAAAGAGAAGCGAGCCCGCCCUCAUCUCCAAGGUGAAAGAAAUGCAGAUGUUUUUUGGGCUCAAUUCAACUGGAGAGUUAGACUCCGAGACCCUGGAGGUGAUGCAGAGCCCCCGGUGCGGCGUUCCAGAUGUGGAGGAGUACAGCCACAUCCAGAGCACACGCUGGAAUAAGAACGUCAUCACAUACAGAAUCGGCAGAUACACCAGAGAUUUGCGACGCAGCACUGUAGAUUCGCUGAUAGAGUCAGCUUUCGGUGUUUGGGCCAGAGCCAGUGGUCUGACGUUUAUCAGGACACAAACCCGCAAUGCUGACAUCAUGGUGGAGUUUGUAACCUAUGCGCAUGGUGACUUUUAUCCGUUUGACGGCCCCAGAGGCACGCUGGCUCAUGCCUUUGGUCCAGGGACGGGUGCUGGAGGCGACACGCACUUUGAUGACGAUGAGCGCUGGACAGCCGGAAGAACAGGUUUUAAUCUGUUGUUGGUAGCAGCUCAUGAAUUUGGCCAUGCUUUAGGGCUCAAACACUCCAGAAAUCCAGAAUCACUGAUGUAUCCGACCUACAGAGCCAUUCGUCCCACAAACCUGCUGUCCAGCGAAGAUGUAACCAAUAUCAAGGCACUUUACAGUCCUUUCAGGGGUCCUAGAAACUGGCUGCUCAGACCACUGUUACCCAGACUUAUGCAGGAAAAAUGUGCACAGGACCUCACCUUUGAUGCUGUGACAACUGUCGGGGAUGCUACUUUUUUUUUCAGAGACAGAUACCUCUGGAUUAAACAUAAUGUGCAGUCUGACAUAAAGGAAGGCCCCAUCACUAACUUCAUGCCCACAAUAGAAACUCGCAUCGAUGCAGCCUUCUGGAUACCUCGCAGGUCCACGGCCUACCUCAUCCAUGAAUCCACGUUCUGGACAGUAAAAGGCUCCGUUGUGAGGGGAAAGCCAAGAUCACUUUCUUUCUUUGGGUUUCCAGCGUGGGUCCAAGACGUUGAUGCAACGGUGCACAUUGUUAAAACAGGACGUACCCUCUUCUUUAUGCACGACAUUUACUGGAGUUACAACGAAAACCGAAAGGUGAUGGAUUUUGGCUACCCAAGAACUAUCAGUGAGGACUUUCCCGGAGUCAACGCCACAAUCAAUGCAGCUUUCUAUAAAGGUGAUUUCAUCUACUUCUUUGUGGGACCACAGGUCUACAAAUUCGACUACAGCCACAGAGUGGUCGUCGGAAUUGAAACAGCUAAUUCUUGGCUCGGCUGUUGAAAGAGAACUCGUUGAAAUGCAGGCAGCAG